CUCUUAAAAAUACAGUGUAAAAUCUAUCAUAUAAAUUGUCAAACGAAGUUUGUCACGAACUAAUCACAAAGCAUAUUGAAUUUCAUAGAUGCCAAUCAUACACGCCUCGGAACCGGCGAACAAAACUAACAAAUCAUCUUCGCUGUUUGUCUCAAAAAUAACAGCUUUGCGGUUUCAUAAUUUGAUUUAAACUCCACUUUCCAACAUAUAAAACCUCAUUUAGACGAUCAGUCAUCUAGCUUCAAUAAAAAAAAUGUCAGACCACAUUGAACGUGUGCUGCAGAGAAAUCUACGCGGAAUGACUUUGAACAACUACAAAACCGUAGGCGACGUUCGGGCAAUACGCAAAUGCGAGCGGCUCAGCCAGCAGUUAGACAGAACUCGCGACCAUAUGGACAAAAUGUACGCCUCUGAUUUGAAAUCAGCAAACCACGAAGUCGAGUUCCGCCAAAAAAUAUACGCAGGCCAGCUGAUCCGAAUCCAGAACGACAAAAACCGAGCAAUCAAGGAAAACGAAAACCCGAAUUUGAUUCUGAAAAAUGCUGGCUCAAGACAGAAAAUCGUGUCGCGAAAUGGUCUGAAAAGAGUAAUCGAACACAUUUCGGAGCAACAAGGAAAGGAAGGCCACAAAACAGAUUUGGAAACAGACGAACAACAUGCUUUGAGAAGAGAACAAAUAAGAAAGGUGCAAUUGCAGAGAAGUAAUACCACCACACAAGAAUGAGAGUGAAAUGGAACAAAAUUGAGCGAGACAGCAAUGAUCUUGUGCCAAUGUAACUGAAAACUAGAGCCAAUGAAAACUGAUCAAAACUUGAAACAUUUUUUUAAUUGUCGUCUCUUUUCCAAGUCCCUUCCUCCGUUGCUUUUUGCUUUAAUUAGAUGUUCUCAAUCACCAGCGGAUUUAGAGGAGGGGGGCGGACGCCC